CACAUUUCUCCCUCGUACUGCCAUGUCCAAGCACCGGCUGUCGCAAGCGCCAUUGCCGCCCGCGAAGAGGCUGCAUAAUACUCGACUUUCGUCGCAGGAGCAUCGGCUAAUCACAACAUUUGACAAUGCACUCUAUGACGAGCUCAUUCUGUUUAUCUUCACGUUCCUGAACUCCCGAGAUCUAUGUGCCAUGCAAGGAACGAACAGAAACUGUGCGAGGCUUGCGAGAGACAACCAGCUCUGGAAAGCCUUGUUUGUCAGAGAGUAUGGCAAAACACGGCUGAGGGGAGGCAAGGGGUUUUAUGGUAGAACUGAUGGAAGAUCGGUUAAACCGCUUCCCUCGAGAGCUUCUGUAUCUACGUCGUCAGCUGAUGACACUCUGGACUGGAAGUGGAUGUAUCGUAUCAGCUCGAACUGGAAGAGCGGACGUUGUGCUGUCGAGAAUUUCACUGAUGCCGAGAGAGUAACUCUAGUACCACCGCCGACCUUUCCUCGUCAGCACGUUAUAUUGGCAGGCGGGUUUACCAUAUCGUCGACCAAACCCCGCGGAUCCUCCCUGCUAGUAAGGGACAACAAUGGCGUAUCGCGGACCCUGCUCUGCAGGUCUACUCUAGCUACUUCUAUAGCAGAAAUAUCUGCUAUAGCGCUCGAUCAAUCACCACCUUCCUUAUCUUCCUCUCAUAUCAUACGCCUGGCUGCCUUCCUGACAACAGGAGAAUUCAGUAUAUUCGAACAUGAUCACUCUUCUGUGUCCUUAGCCACCACUCCAAAGCAAACUUACGUCCCUUCGUUCGCGCACCGUGCUUCCCCAGUAACUUGCGCAGCCUACAAUCAUCCAUUGCUGGUCACAUUGUCUCGCUCAUUUACGCUCAUGAUAUACGACCUGAGCAAUGAUUGUAUCACCCACACUCAGACACUCACGUCUUUCACCAGUCAUCCGCCCACGUCGCUCGUACUCUCUGCCAUGCCUUCGGCAUCAUUGUACAAACUUAUCAUGGCCUACGCCAUUCCUGUUUACCCUGUUCACUGGAGUGUGGGUGCUACAGAACUCGUGAUAUCUCCGUCGGGCAUUUUACCUCGUAAACGAACAUUCGCUACUUCCUCUAGCGAGUCAUCACCACAAGGGGCCUUUGAAGUGAGCAUCACCAGGUCUACCCGUGCUUUUGACGUCCCCCAAGGGUGGAUAGACGAGAAAAAUCUGCAGGUCAUGCGUGAUCAAUGGGGUCGGAAAGUGAAACAAGUCGCAGAUAUACAAACGGACGGGAAAUGGGUCGUGCUAGCCCCUGGAGACGUGACUGACGCCUCCUCUCCGAUAUCCCAGGAGUCUUCAGAAGGUACAACGUCCCAGGAGGCACACCCACAAUCACUCCCAUACAUCUCACCUCCGAGCCACUCAUCGAGCCACCUUCAAUUAUAUCGUCUUCACGUACCCCCAAUCUCGAGUUCAUCGGUCCAUACACCGAGAUUGACGUUUGUGCGGACUCUGCAUGGACCUUUGGGUUCUGUCUCUGCGCUUUCUCUCGCAGACGGGCGGUGUGUCAGUUUGAAUGCAAACGGGGCGAUUUGGGUAUGGGACCUCGAGGGUGGAGAUGGAACUGAGGUCGCUGGGCCUGUCGAGGGCAGCUUUGCAGGAACAAACGGUGUAAGUAAUUAUGGUACCGUUGCAUUUGACGAGCGAAGGAUCGUCAGUGCUGGUGUACGGGGAAUCGAGGAACGAAGGUUUGAUAUCUAAUUGUAGUGAUAGAUUGUUGCAUUUUUAUUGCUUUAUUGCUUAGCGUUUGACUCUUGCAAGAACACCGUUCGGCAGUUUGCGGAGUUGUCACGAGAACUCGUGUACUUGCUCCAACCUACACUGUUAGAGUGAUCACUGAUGAUAACGGCAUUCAGUUAAUGCAGGCAAGCCAACGGCGAGGGGACACUCUGCUACAACUUUUCUGCUACUCGCAGUGCACAUGCGCAACACCGCCGACCACACCUAUGCACUUAUGCCCCAGGCCAACAGGUCAUGUUAUUGUUUUAUAGAACGAACUGAUCAUGACCUACAGUAAAAUCCCUCCUCUGGAGAGUCAGGGAUUUAGUAUUUAUUUUUUGUGAGUUCAAUAUUAGGUAAUGUGCAAACUACGU